AUGGAUCGAAACCAAAGACCCAGAAGCAUUCUGGAGUCAUUAGGCGAAGAACUCAUCGGAAUCCUCACGCCUGUCUCGAUAUGUAUGUUCACCGUCGUUCUUCUCGUCUGUGUCCUAAACUCCGACCCGUCUUCCUCCUCCGCCUCUUUCUCCUCCAUAGCCACCGCAGCUUACGCCGAGAGCGAUUCCGAUUCCUCCUGGGACAAAUUCGUAGGCGCCUUCUUGAACUCACUCGUCUUCGUCGCCGCAAUCACCGUCGCGACGUUCGUCCUCGUGCUCCUCUUUUACCUCAGAUGCGUUAAUUUCCUUAAAUUCUACAUGGGUUUCUCAGCUUUCAUCGUUUUAGGGAACCUAGGUGGAGAAAUCUUAGUCUUGCUUAUCGAUCGCUUCAGAUUCCCGAUCGAUUCCAUCACUUUUCUGAUCCUUCUCUUCAAUUUCUCCGUCGUCGGUGUAUUCGCCGUGUUCAUGUCGAGAUUCUCGAUUCUGGUCACUCAGGGCUACUUGGUAGUGAUCGGCGUCUUAGUCGCUUACUUCUUCACGCUGUUGCCUGAGUGGACAACUUGGACCCUCCUCGUAGCUUUAGCAAUCUACGACAUUGCUGCUGUUCUGUUACCCGUUGGUCCGUUACGUCUCCUUGUCGAAAUGGCUAUAUCGAGAGACGAAGACAUCCCAGCUUUGGUCUACGAAGCAAGACCCGUGAUCCGAAACGAUUCUCGUUUGGUUCAGAGGAGAGUUUGGAGAGAGAGGAGAUCCAGUGACAUUGAGAACACUGAAGUAAGAGUGGUUAGAGCAGAAGCAGAAGCAGAAGGAGAAGAUUUGGGUUCGAGGGAAAGAUCGGAGAUAUCUGUGCCGUUGAUUGAGCGUAGACCGGAUCAAGGUGAGAGUUCAGAGACAUUUCUUGAAGGGAUUGGGUUGGGAUCAUCAGGUGCUAUAAAGUUAGGGCUUGGGGAUUUCAUAUUCUACAGUGUUUUGGUCGGGAGAGCUGCGAUGUAUGAUCUGAUGACGGUUUACGCUUGCUACUUGGCGAUCAUAGCCGGUUUAGGUGUCACGUUGAUGCUCUUGUCUGUGUAUCAGAAGGCUUUACCGGCUCUUCCUGUAUCGAUCAUGUUAGGCGUUGUGUUCUACUUUCUGGCUCGGUUGUUGCUCGAGGUUUUCGUUGUGCAGUGUUCUUCAAACCUUGUGAUGUUCUAA